AUGGUACCACCCACCGCACUUUCCUGGAGCUCUUCAUGUACCUGAAUGAAGUUGCAGGCAAGCAUGGUGUGGGCCGCAUCGACAUUGUGGAGAAUCGAUUCAUUGGGAUGAAGGCCCGAGGUAUCUACGAGACCCCAGCAGGGACGAUCCUUUACUACGCUCAUUUAGACAUCGAGGCCUUCACCAUGGAUCAGGAAGUGCGCAAAAUCAAACAAGGUCUGGGCUUGAAAUUCGCUGAGCUGGUGUACACAGGUUUCUGGUACAGCCCCGAAUGUGAGUUUGUCCGUCACUGCAUUGCCAAGUCCCAGGAGCAUGUGGAAGGAAAAGUGCAGGUGUCCGUCUUCAAGGGCCAGGUUUAUAUCCUCGGCCGCGAGACCCCACUGUCCCUAUACAAUGAGGAGCUGGUGAGCAUGAACGUGCAAGGGGAUUAUGAGCCCAUCGAUGCCACUGGUUUCAUCAACAUCAACUCCCUCAGGCUGAAGGAAUAUCAUUGCCUCCAGAGCAAGGUCACCACCAAAUAGAGGGGCUGACAAUGAGGAGCUGGGCCUCCUCACUUUGCCCAUCUCCCAAGUACAGGCGCUAAUUGUUGUGAUAAUUUGUAAUUGUGACUUGUUCUCCUUGGGCUGGCAGCCUAGUAGGGGUGCCAGGCCCCAGCUUUGUUCCCUGAUCCCCUGUAGCCUGCAAAAAGUGGUCAACAUAGGCAAGGGCUGGGGACAGCUACAGUCAGAGCUGUAAAAUAACAAUUAAAAAAAAAACAUUAAAAAAAA